CCUCCUCUUUUUAAAUGUCUGAAUGACCUGGCAGCAUCUUUGCCUGGACUAUAAGCUCCUUUUUAAGCAACACUUUUAUUGCUGACUCGCAAAGGUUCGAGGGUGUUCCUAACUUUUUUUUUCUUGGUAAGUAAAGCUUGUAAAAUGGGGAGGCAACCUUGUUGUGAUAAGGUUGGAUUGAAGAGAGGUCCAUGGACAAUUGAAGAAGAUCACAAGCUCAUGAACUUCAUCCUCAACAAUGGUAUCCAUUGCUGGCGAAUGGUUCCGAAGCUUGCAGGUUUACUCAGAUGUGGGAAAAGUUGCAGAUUAAGAUGGAUUAAUUAUCUAAGGCCUGAUCUUAAGAGAGGUGGUUUUACAGAAACGGAAGAGAACCAAAUAAUUCAACUCCAUUCACGUCUUGGUAACAGGUGGUCUAAGAUUGCUGCACACUUUCCUGGACGCACAGACAAUGAAAUCAAGAACCACUGGAAUACGCGAAUUAAGAAGAGGUUAAAGCUCCUUGGCUUAGACCCUGUGACACACAAGCCUCUUGAGCAAAAUGAAAAUAGUGGUGAUGAUAAAGAUGAGAUAACAUUAGAGUCAAAUUCAUCAAAGGGACAAGAGGAAAGACAGCCGGAGGUUAAGUCCAUAGACGAGGACAAUGAUGCCAAGCAAGAUUUUGUAUCAACAGAGGAGAUAAGCAAUGAGGUUGAAUUAACCUUGGAUGAAACAAAUGAUCUUUUAAACAAUUAUGAUAUCUGGUGUGGAAGUUUGGAUUUGGGAUCAUGGAUGAACCAAGAAACCAACACCAAUACAUCCUACAGUUCUACUUCAUUUUCUCUGGAAAACUCAAGUAACCCUUCCAUGGGUGAAUCCCCCUCUCUACAAUGGGUUGAAAGUGUGGAUUCCAUGCUUUCAUGGGAUGGCUUUAAUCAUCUGGAACAAGACCUUUUUUUCUUGGAAAAUAGCCAAUGAACAUACUCUCAUCUGUCUCCCAAGUUUCUUUGGUUUCUUUUUGAAUGAAAAGUGUCUUUUAGUUUAAU